AUGAGCAAGCGACUGCAGGAGACACAAGGCGGCGAGGAGCGGUACGGAGGCUCAUCUGGUCCAGCGAGCAUGGACAGCAAACCACAGGCGGCCACGGCGGCGCAGUUGGCGAAAAGAAAAACACAUACUCGAACACCACUCUCGAUCGCAACCUUACUAAGCAAAAGCAACCUGCACCCUUCAGCAAACUUCACAUCAUAUAACCGAUACGUCACAAUGUUACGAGGCAAAACAGCUAAGCCUUCGAACCCCAGAAUCGCACAAGCGCGGAAGCCAAGCGGCAGCCAGCGAAACAGCCGUGCCAACACUCCCAAUGCCACCCCAAAUCCAUUCGCAAACCAGCAGCAACAACCACAAAGCAUGCCAUCCUUCCAGCAGACCGCGCAAAAUGGCGGCGGCGGCGGAUUCAACUUCUCUGCCGGUGGAGGCGUAGGAAAUAACCCAUUCGCGCAGCAGCAGCAGAAUGGCACUCCACCACCCACUUCCUUCCAGUUCGGAGGCGCGCCUAGUCAGCCACCAGCGCAGCAGAACGGUGGGGGCGGUAUGUUUGGCGGCAACAGUGCAGGCUUCGGCUCUACCUUCGGAUCGAACAACGCGCAGCCUCAGCAGAACGGCUUCAACCCUUCUACCUCCAGCACGUUCGGCAACCAGAACAAUACCAACAGCGGCUUCAGCUUCGGCCAGAGCAACGCGAAUCAGGCCCAGCAGAACGGCGCGACACCCAGCACAAAUGCCUCCUUCCCUACCUUCGGCACUCAGAACACCGACAACCCGUUCAACGGCUUUGGACAGUCACAACAGCAGACGCAGUCUACACCAAGCACUUCAUUCGGUGGCUUUGGCCAGGGGUCGCAAGAGCAGAACGGAGACAAGCGGGCUGGUACACCUACGUUUGGCGGGUUUGGACAGAACAACUCUUCUCAGUCUCAGACGAAUGGGGGUGGCUUCGGCAACAAUCAGACGCCGCAAACAGCCACCAGCAGCGUCUUCGGCAGCUUCGGCCAACAGCAGAAUGGUGAGACAUCACAAGCCCAAGAGACCCCAAAGGCGAACACAAACAGUUUGUUCAGUGGCGCUCAGCAGGCCGACACGUCGAAGUCGAUGUUCGGUUCUACGCCGCAACCUGAGCCUAGCAGUGACACGAACAACGGCGUCUUCCUUGGUCUGGACUCUUCCAGAGCGAGCACCGUCAAGCCAGGCAUGUUCACCUCCGGUCAAAGCGAGACGCCGAAGCCACAGUCUAGCAAUCUGUUUUCUUUUGGUCAGCAGAAUGGCACACAAGCCAAAGAGCAGGAGACGCCAAAGCCAAGCAAUCCUUUCGCCAAUUUCCAGUUCGGUCAAAGCCAGCAAGCAAACGCCACAAAGGGCACCAAUGAGCAGCAGACUCCCAAGCCCAGCAACAAUCUAUUCCAGUUCGGCCAGUCACAACAGCAGAGCAGCACCACUCCAGGCUUCAAGUCUGGACAGAGCCAGUCUCAGCAAGAGGACGCCAGCAUGACUACGCCCGGCCAUACACCGCAGAAGCCGAGCAUGUUUGGUGCGCAGGCGAGCAAUGCUCCUAGUGAGACACCAGCCGGCCAAGGCAAGAGUCUGUUCGACCGCGUCAGCACCCCGGCGACGGCUCAGAAAUCGUUCACUCCAUCCACAUCUCUCUUCAACCCGUCGGCGGCGAACAACAGCGAGCAAGCCGAGACGCCAGCUGCCCAGAGCAAAGGAGGCUUGUUCGAGCGCAUCAACCGCGACGAAGCACCGCAGACGGCUCAGAAGCAGACUUCGUUCACACCGUCUACGAACCUCUUCAACAAGUCAGCGGCCAGUGCAGCCGCCACGCCUUCAGCUGCUCCGUGGAUCUCGCACGCACCGCCGGCUCCGCAGACAACCGUCACGCCACCCACACCCAAGGCUUCUGCCACCUCGAAGACUACCAACACCCAGUCGAACCCGAGAGCUGAGCUGCUCAAGCAUCUGAAUGAAGGUCUGUUGCGGCAUUUGGCGACUCAAGAUGUACACAGCGACUGGACCUCCAUUAUGAAGUACUACACCGAGAAGGCCACUGAACUUCAAGCGAAUGGCACUCCCGCAAGCGCUCAGGAGACUCAGACCUCUACUGCAUCUGGAAGCAGCAACAUGUUCGGCUCUCAAUCGACGCCUGCCGCAAGCAACAAUAUGUUCGGUUCAGCCACGCCGAAGGCGCAGGCACCCAGCGCGAACAUGUUCGGCGGCGCUGCUUCGCAACAGACGCCCAAGCCAACUUCAUCUUCCAACAUGUUUGGCCAGCCUCCUGCCACUGCUCCAGUCAACAACAAGCGCCCGGCGCUGUUCGAAGAGGACGAUGGCGAGUCAUCAGGACCUGCGACAGAGAAGCGUGCGAGAUCGACAGAGCCCAUCAACUACCCCAAGCUGCCUGAUAACGCGAGUGCAACGUCGAAGCUAUUCCAGGCUGCACUCGACAAGUCGGCUACCGCGUCUCCCGCGCCCACAGCCGACUCAGCGUCCAGGCCACCAUCAAGCUCAAGCGGGUUUGCACCAUCAAAUGCGAGCACCACUGCGCCUGCUGGCAUGCCCACAUUCACCGCUCCAACCACCUCAGGCGGCUUCCUGUCUGCGUUUGGCAAGAAGGCCAGCGCUGAAGAAGAGAAGGCGAAGAAGAAGCGCAAGGCUGAAGACUAUGACUCAGAUGAUGAGACUGAAGAGCAGUGGGAAGCGAGAGAUCGAGAAGAGCAGGCGGCGAAGCGCAAGAAGAUUGAAGAGGCAGCCAAGGGCGCUUCUGGCUUUAUGUUGCCAGGCAGCUCGAGGACUUCAUCAGAGCCUGAGACGCCCAUGGGUGCUGGCAAGGGCUUGUUCGAUCGUGUUGAGCAGGCGCCGCCAGCUACUGCUCCAAGCAAGCCAAGCAUGUUUGCCUCGCAGACACCAGCUGAGAAGUCGACCAGCAACAUGUUCGGCUCAAAGACACCAGCAGCGACAUCUAGCUCAAACAUGUUCGGCAAUGUUUCCAAGGAGAAUGCCGGCGAUGCAGAAAAGGACAAGGAUGCCACAUGGAAGCCCAACACUCCCAUCAAGUUCGGCGGCAGCAACACCACCGAUACUGGCUCUACCACCCCAGCCGCUCCUCCACCAAAGUUCGGCAACCUUUUCGGCUCCGCCGCUCCCAGCAGCUCUACCAACCACCUCAACAUCCCCGGCAGCAAGCCCAGCCUCGGCUUUAACUUCGGCAAUGCCCAACAAUCCGCCUCCCGCGCUACGACCCCUGGCGUCACCACCGACGGCGAAGGCGCUAGCACCGCCGGCGAGGAAGAAGACGCCGCCCCCACCGAGCCGCAACUCGAAGACCAAACCGCACUUCUAGAGGAAGAAAAAGAGAAAGAAGACCUCCUCUUCUCCAUCCCCAUCGCCAAAGCGUCCAAAUGGGACGAGAAGAGCGAUGCCGAAUCGGGCGAGAUCACGAAUGGCUGGGUCGAGAAGGGCAAAGGACCCAUUUACGUGCUCAAGAACAAGGAGACGGGCAAAGUGCGGGUUCUGCUCAAGAUCAAGCCGCUGGGUAAAGCGGCGAUGAAUUUCGAGGUGUUGAAGGGGGCGGACUAUGCCGUGCAGGGUGCGAGUGGGAAGUUUGUCCGGGGCCCAUUUGUGGACCAUUUGGCGUUUAGCAAUGCGGGAAAGCCGACGAGCUGGAUGGUGCAGGUGGGGAAGAAGGAGGAUGCGGAGGGGUUGGCGGGUGUUUUGGAUGGGGCUGCUAAGGGGGCGUGA